AUGGGUUCAUCAGACAUGGAGGAGAGGCCAAAGAAACUACUCAUACUCUACGCGACUCAAACCGGAAACGCCUUAGACGUUGCCGAGCGAGUGGGCCGUGAAGCCGAGCGCAGAGGCUGCCCCGUCCACCUUAUUUCCAUCGACCAAUACGACGCCGCGGUUGCGCGCCGGAUGAAUCGUCAAGCAAGCAAUCCUGUCAGUGUUAGCGGUCCUCUUCCUGCAGAGGCGUGA